GAUAAACAGGCGAUGUCAAACAAGCUCGUUAGGUCGUUAUGCUUUUUCCAGUUUUUAUUAUUACUUACAGUCAAGACAUUUUAAAAAAUCGUAUCAGCUAUGUAGUACUACUCAUCAUCUCAUCUGUUCUGCCAUGUGUUGGACAGGUGAAUCAUUCCGUCAUAUCUGACCAUGAGUGUCCCGUGUGUUAUAAGAAACUUGGCCAGAAGUUUUGCCGGUGGAUCAGUGUUUAGACCCGCAGGAUUAUUUUUAUGUAAAGUCACACGAAAAAUGUCAUCCAAGAGACAAACUGACCAUCUAGAGAGAACUGCUAAUGUUUGCAGACAAAUGGAACUUUUCCCCGCACGUGUUUGUGACAUUGUGAAUGAAUCUGAUACAGUCAAGAGACUGAAAUUGGAGGUACCGCAUCCAGAUUUCAGCUUCCGUGCUGGACAAUGGGUGGAUUUCUUCAUCCCAGGUGUGGAUACGGUAGGUGGCUUCUCCAUAUGCUCCAGUCCUGGUCUACUGCAAAGAGAGGGCGUGAUUGAGCUGGCUGUCAAAUACACACGACACCCUCCAGCAAACUGGAUUCAUACAAAAUGCUCUGUGGACUCUGAAGUAGCUGUUAGGGUUGGUGGUAAUUUCUACUUUGACCCUCGACCCUCUGACCCUGUGCUUGACCUGUUGCUGGUAGCUGGUGGUGUUGGAAUCAACCCCCUGUACUCCAUCUUGCUGCACACGGCAGAUCUGCUCAGGCACUCUUCCGAUGGUCGUGGAUACACACCGGGACGCACACACCUUUGCUACAGUGCUAAGAAUACCAAGGAACUUCUUUUUAAGAACACCAUUAUUGAGGUCUGUCGUGAGCUCCCUGAGAAAGUCUCCUGCAAUUUUCAUAUUACCCAGCAGAGCUCUGAUAUAGAGCAAGAAAUUCAGCCUUAUGCCAUCAGUGAAAGGAUAUCAGAAGAUGUACUAAAGCAUCACGUAGACCCAGAGCGUACGCUGUGUUAUCUUUGCGGUCCUCCUCCUAUGAUAGAGAAAGUGAGCUCAGACCUGCAGAGGAUCGGUCUAUCGGAGGACAAAAUCCUUUUUGAGAAAUGGUGGUAGCAUUUUAUUGCCACAAACUCGGAUGGAUGGCUGCAUUUGUGUUCGUGCAUUAUAGAAACGGACUGUAAUGGUAAUGGACCAGUAAUGCAUUUGAGUUAAAUGCACAACAAACAUUUUGUCUGCACUCUCCUGGACUUUAUUACUAUUGGAAUACACUCUGCUGAUUACCAUAUCAUCCACAUUUAAGCAACAAAGCAAUUCUCUAGACUCAUUCCUGAAUGAUCAUGGGCUGUACUGUAUAUUUAAACUUUGUGUUGUGAGGUUACAGAGUCCUCCAAACUUGAACUAUUUCAGUUUUACCUCAUUUUAAAAAUGGACUCGACAAAUUGACCGUAACCACUGCUGAAAUGCUCUACAUUACAGCUGGUUAACUGUCUAGUCGGGGUAUUGCACACAUAGAUUGCACUAGGGUUUUUUAGAUCUAUGUACAAUUAUGUAGUUUGCAAUAAAAUUUUAAUAUACAUAUUUAUUCAUAAAGUUUUAGUAUUUAAAAUUUGUACUUGUAGUGACAUAAUUUCAGCCAUUUACACUGUAAAAAAAGAUUUGUUGGUUUAACUUAAAAAUUAAGUUAUCUGGUUGCUUAAAGGGACACUCCACUUUUUUUGAGAAUACGCUCAUUUUCCAGCUCCUCUAGAGUUAAACAUUUGAUUCUUACCGUUUUGGAAUCCAUUCAGCUGAUCUCCGGGUCUGGCGGUACCACUUUUAGCAUAGCUUAGCACAAUCCAUUGAAUCUGAUUAGACCAUUAGCAUUGCGCUUAAUAAUAAAAGUUUCAAUAUUUUUCCUAUUUAAACCUUGACUCCUCUGUAGCAGAUAUAGCAAAGAACUAUACUCUCAUUCUGGCGUAAUAUUUAAGGACUUUGCUGCCGUUACAUGGCUGCAGGAGGCGCAAUGAUAUUACGCAGUGCCCGAAAAUAGUCCCCUUAGUAACAUUCAAUAGCAGGGGAGUAUUUUCGGCUGCUGCGUAAUAUCAUUGCGCCACCUGCAGCCAUGUUACGGCAGCAAAGUCCUUGAUUAUUACACCAGAAUAAGAGUAUAGCUUCUAGCCAUAUCUGCCUAAAAAACGCAACUUUUAAUUUUCCAUCGCUCUUAGUACACGAUGUAACUACAGAGGAGUCAAGUUUUAAAUAGGAAAAAUAUCAAAACUCUUUGGUUAUUUUUGAGCGUGAUGCUAAUGGUCUAAUCAGAUUCAAUGGAUUGUGCUAAGCUAUGCUAAAAGUGAUACAGUCAGCACCAGAAAUAUAACUAAUAUUUUUAGGUUGAAUCAACACAAUUUUGAGGCUGCCAGGUAACUUACUUUUUAAAGUUGAACUAACAAUGUUUUACAGUGUAGGUGCAUAAAACAGAACUGAAAACUUCAUCAGUUGCUUUUAUUUGGAAACUCGUUGCUUAUUUUUAUUUACACCACUGUUUACUGUUUCACAAAGUUCCUUUACAAAGUUGGAUUUUAAUUACUGCUGUUUUUACUAUGCAUACAAACUUGUAAUAAAGAAAAGCUCAUGGAUA